GUCAGAGGCACAGUUCAAACCUGCGCCUAGUUUCUUCCCGACUGCGGCUAUUGAUCAUGCGGUAGCAGGAAUAGGAGCGGGGACCGCAGCUGUCCUCUGCAUGCAUCCGCUCGAUCUACUGAAAGUCAAAUUCCAAACAUCUACGUCGAAACCGCAAGGCGGAAUAGGGAAGGCGAUAUACAUCUCUUUACGAGACAUUUAUGCUUCUGAGGGGAUCCGUGGACUCUAUAGAGGCGUCGGAGCAAACAUUGCGGGAAAUGCGAGCAGUUGGGGUCUCUAUUUCUUAUUCUAUAAUAUGCUAAAGAAACGGAUGUCACCAACUGGUGACCCAAGCUAUAAAUUCUCCUCUGCAACUACUUUACUGUACGCUGCUGAAGCAAGUGCUGUGACAGCAAUAAUGACGAAUCCUAUUUGGGUGGUCAAAGUUCGAAUGUUUACUACUCGAAUAGAUAAUCCUGUCGCAUAUCGAAGCCUAUGGCACGGGCUGUCAUCUAUAUACCGGAACGAGGGUAUUAAAGGUCUUUACAAGGGCACGAGCCUUGCCCUCGUCGGAGUUAGCAAUGGGGCAAUUCAGUUCAUGGGAUACGAGCAAUUGAAAUGGCUCUGCACUGAGCAAAAACGGCGGCGAUACGCGACGGCAGAGAGGGAAUGGACCCUGGAAGCAGAGAAACUGUCGAAUACAACAUACACCGUGAUUUCCGGAGCAUCGAAGCUCAUGGCCUUAGCUGCAACAUACCCUUACCAGGUCGUUCGUUCACGUAUCCAAAACAACGCGACAACGCACUUGUACCCCAACAUCCCUGCUUGUAUAGCAAGAACUUGGCGGGAAGAACGCGUCACCGGCUUCUAUAGGGGUCUCGGGACGAACCUUGUCCGUGUGCUGCCAGGGACUUGCGUGACUUUCGUCGUGUAUGAAAAUUUAGCAUGGCUGCUAAAGUCUAGCGCAAGGAAAAGGGAGGAUGCGAAGCUGCAUUCAUAGACGCGUCGGUAGUAUUUCGUUUCUUUCGAAGUAACGAUAGAUUUUUUCCAUCAUUCGCAUGUCAUGUAUUUCUAUGCAUCACGAUUGACAUACAAUCCCA